AUUGGUUGUGCUGCCCAAGAGAGGCACUCGCUGAUUGGCUCGCGCCUGUGCCACUCCUUUUCAGCUAGUGGCGCGCCACAGAGUGACCGUCGGUGGGAGCGCGGACCGUGCAACUGGUGGGCAAGUUAGGUCCCUGCCGACGACAUGGAGGACAGUGUGCUCCUGGUCACUGGUUCCAGCCCCACGGGAGGCCCAGUCCAGCCUGAAUAGACUCCUCAGGACUGUGAUUGCUUUACAGCUGCCCUUGUCCCUGCUGAAGACGGCACAGAACCAUCCCAUGCUGGUGGAGCUGAAGAAUGGAGAAACAUACAAUGGGCACCUGGUGAGCUGCGACAACUGGAUGAACAUCAACCUGCGCGAGGUCAUCUGCACGUCCCGGGAUGGUGACAAGUUCUGGCGGAUGCCAGAGUGCUACAUCCGGGGCAGCACCAUAAAGUACCUCCGUAUCCCUGAUGAGAUCAUCGACAUGGUGCGCGAGGAGGCUGUGGCCAAGGGCCGUGGACGUGGCGGGCCGCAGCAGCAAAAGCAGCAGAAGGGUCGAGGCAUGGGAGGUGUUGGCCGAGGUGUGUUUGGUGGCCGUGGCCGGGGUGGGAUUCCGGGCACAGGCCGGGGCCAGCCUGAGAAGAAGCCGGGCCGGCAGGCGGGCAAGCAGUGAGUGAGUGGAUGGAGCCAGCCAUCUGCCAUCAGACAUGUCGUUGAAUUGCGGGAAGUGUCACUUGUGAUCUGGUUUUGUGACCCGCUGCCCUCCCUCCAGCCAGUGACUAUCUGGAAGCUUCAUUGUAGGAAGAGCUGGCGGUUUUCUGGGUGCAGUGGCUUUGUGGUUCGCACUGGAGCCUGUGAGGCACUGAGUGGCCAGCACUGAGAAUGACACCUGGAGCCUUCCCGUCCAUAGGACCACCUGACCCUGCCCACGCCCUAAUGGACCCCAAGCCCAGCCCAUCCUAUGUCUCUGUUACAGAAAUAAAGGCAGCUCUGCUCCACCA